AUGUGCUCUGCUUCUGAGAACAACAAGCCCCAUCAUACCUGGGAAAGAAAUUCUCCACUGGAAUUUGUCAUGGCCUUCCUGUGGGGAUGGCCCGGGGUCCAGUACCGGAGGAAACCCAACCCUUUCGUUGGUGGAGCCUCCUCAGUCUCCUUCCGGGAGGCGACCCCGGAACCUGCUUAUUUCUGCUCCACAGCGCAUUACUUAUUCAUCACUACAUCCGAGUGUCAUUUCUCCAACGGGACGCAGCGGGUGCGGUUUCUAGAGAGACACAUCUACAAUCAGGAGGAGGUCGUGCGCUUCGACAGCGACUUGGGGGAGUUCAUCGCGGUCACGGAGCUGGGGCGGCCGAUUGCCGAGUUCUUGAACCGACAGGAGGACAUCCUGGAGCACCAGCGGGGCGAGGUGGACACGCUGUGCAGACACAACUACGGGAUUGCUGAGGGCUUCGCGGUGCAGCGGCGAGUUGAGCCCAAAGUGACUGUGUAUCCUUCAAAGACCCCGUCCAUGCAGCACCACAACCUCCUGGUCUGCUCUGUGAAUGGGUUCUAUCCAGGCCACAUUGAAGUCAGGUGGCUCCGGAAUGGCCAGGAGGAGAUGGCUGGGGUCGUUUCCACAGGUCUGAUCCAGAAUGGAGACUGGACCUUCCAGACCCUGGUGAUGCUUGAAACAGUUUCUCAGAGUGGAGAGGUCUACACCUGCCACAUGGAGCACGCAAGCCUGAUGAGCCCUAUCACAGUGGAGUGGAGGGCACGGUCUGAAUCUGCACGGAGCAAGAUGCUGAGUGGAUUUGGGGGCUUUGUUCUGGGUCUGCUCUUCCUUGGGGUGGGGCUGUUCAUCCACUUCAGGAAUCCCAAAGGACACUCUGGACUUCAGCCAACAGGACUGCUGAGCUGAUGCCCAGGUAGUGACCCUCAAGGUACAGCCUCUGCCCCAGCUUUUUUGCAGCAUGUAAAGUCCUCCUGCUGGCUUUUAUUCCGCAGAGAAAGUCCCUUCUCAGGAUCUGGUCUGCUCCUGGUUCAGUGACCUCGCAGAAAAUGUCCACCCUCAGCCCUGCCCUUGACCUGGAAGUCCCAAUAUUAUUGGUUGAAAUAUCUCAUUUUCAUUCUUGCCCAGGUCCUUUUGUAUUGAACCCUAUGACCUCUUAUGCAAAUGAACUCACCUUCUGCCAGUAUUUUUUUAUGUUCCAUUAUUUUCCUCA